UUUAUUAUAUAAACGGGAAUUAUCACAAAAUUAUUAAAUCUGCGCUUUAAAUCAACAAAUUUGACUUGAACAAUAAUGGUUUACUAUUUCAAAGCAUUAGAAGCACCAUGGACGACAGUAGUAAACUCCAACAGAUGCAAGAUGAAAUGUCCAGAUUUGAGGCGGAAAUUUCUGGAUCCGACCUGAUAGUGCGGCCGGUGAUCGGGGCGGGCACAUUUGGUGCUGUACAGCAGCAGUUGGACAGGGCUUUGCCUCCUCCGCCCCCACCUCCGGCGAUGCUCCAGCCGUUCGACCCCAUGGGGCCGAGACUCAUGUUCCCAACAGUACCACCACCCCCUCCGCCACCUAAUAUGAUGGUACCUGCAUCUGUGCAAAGGUUAAGACCUCCAAUUGGUCCGGACGGGUUUCCAGGUCCGAUGCCGUUCCUCCGUCCUGGGAUGCCAGGGCCACAGUUGAUACCACCACCACCUCCAAAGCCACAGCCCGUUGUGCUGUCUGCUGCCCCGAAGCUGUACAAGCAACCCCUAGAAGAUGAGGAGAAAAAAGACAAGAAGGAGAAAAAACGGAAACGUGAGCGCGAGCGCACCCCUUCACCAGUACGUGUGGAGCCCGCCCCGGCGCCCACCCCCGCGCCCGCGCCCCCGCCGCCGCCCGUCGUCACGGAAACUAUAGUCACCAAACCCAAGAAGGAGAAGAAACAUAGAAAGGUGGUGCGGACGGCUGGUGGGCAGGUGUGGGAGGAUGUGACUCUUCUGGACUGGCCUGAUGAUGAUUUCCGCAUGUUCUGUGGGGACCUGGGCAAUGAUGUUACUGAUGAACUACUGACUAGAACAUUCGGCAAAUACGCCUCGUUCCAAAGGGCUAAAGUGAUCAGAGACAAGAGAACUAACAAGAGCAAAGGUUUCGGCUUUGUUAGUUUCAAAGACCCGGGAGAUUUCAUCAAGGCGAUGAAGGAAAUGGAUGGUCGGUACGUUGGAAGUCGGCCGAUAAAGCUAAGAAAGAGCACGUGGAAGAACAGAGCACUUGACGUCGUUCGCAAGAAGGAGAAGGAAAAAGCGGCGCUGCUCUCUCUACUCAUGUCCGGAAAUAAGAGCUGACAAAACUAAACAACUC